CUCAUUUCAUCGCACAGCUAAAUCAUGGCGGACAAAAAGGACAGCAAGACUCCCAGUAAAGGCAGUGUGGUGAAAAGGAAAGAGAAGAAAGUGGAGAAAGUAGAGAGUAAACCUCAAAAGGAGAAAGAAAAGAACAAGGUUAAAGAUGAAAAGAUGACGAAGAAGCCAGAGAAGACACCAGAAAAUCAGCAAAAAGAUGAGGAGAUGCCACAGGGAAAUGGGGAGAUAGCAGAAGGAGCCAAAGGCCCCGUCAAAGAUGAAGAGUUUGAGCUGGAGCCUAUGGAGCUGCCUCCAUUUGAGAUCAUUGUAGGAGACAGAAUGAACCCCACCUUCUUCAAGUUCCAGUUUAAAAACGUGGAAUAUUCUUCCGGGCGCAAUAAGACCUUCCUGUGCUACCAGGUAGACAUUCAAGGGGACGCUACAGAGAAAGACGGCCUCCGUGGUUACCUGGAGGAUGAGCAUAAGGGUUCACACGCUGAAGUGGCCUUCUUUCACCAGGUGCUGGCCUAUUACGACAAGUCCCUCCAGUACACAGUGACCUGGUACACGUCCUCGAGCCCUUGCGCAGCCUGCGCCGCUAAGCUUAUCGAGAUCUUGCAAGCACGCAAGUCACUGCGCCUUAAUAUCCACUGCUCCCGCCUUUUCCAAUGGGAGGAACCAGAGAUACAGGCCGGACUUCAGGCGCUAGCUAGGGCGGGAUGUAAACUACGCAUGAUGAGGCCUUUGGAUUUUGCGUACGUCUGGUCUACUUUCGUUGAGAACGAGGAAGAUAACUUUGCACCAUGGGAAGACUGUCAAGAUAGCUAUGAAUAUUAUGAUGAGAAGUUGUGUGAUAUUUUAAAGUAGGAUAAAGAGACGCUGCUGGCCU